ACUUUGUGUUCUUGGGAGAGUUUUUUUUCCAAGCCUUAACCGAAUUGAGAAACUUUUGCUCUCGUAUGUCUUUUUGCAAUAGAAAUCAGAGGAGACAAGAGCCUCCAUUAUUGACCAUAUAUUACUCUUCCAUUUUUGGUUGACUGCGGCAAUCCCAAUGCUAAGCCUGGUUGACCGCAAUUGAUAGAACAAAAGAAGCAGAAGCUUUUCUCGUAUCAUUGUGGGCAAAUAGGAGGCAGCCACUAUUGUGGACUUUGUGGAUUUGUUUCUUUACUCAAUUUUGACCGGAAUUGGAAGUCAACCUCAGACCAUUGUAUAUGUACGCUUUGGAAGAAACCUGGAAGCAGAAAAGCUUCCUUGCGUUUUCCUCUGGUGCUGACCGAAGCGAAGGAAAAGUAUCUGCAAACCUCCCUAAACUCCACGCGCCGCUUGUCCUUCAUUAAUGGAGGGUUAAUUCUCCAACUCUAGUCAAGGGAGCAACUAAUGAAUUGGUUCAACUAAUACUGUUCGUGUCGUAUUUUCGGAUCGUGUCAGGAAUUGCCACCCUAGCCACAGCAUCAAAACUUACAAAGACAGAGUAAGCAGAGACAGGGAGAGGAUCGAGGAGGAUGGCAGCAACAACAACAAGAGCAAAGCCUGAAGCACAAAAGAUAGUGUGGAAUGAGAAAGACCGAAAAUUUGAGACAGAGGAUAAAGAAGCAUACUUGCAGUACCAGCUCAGAAAUGGGGGAAAAGUUAUGGACAUCAUCCAUACUUAUGUUCCUUCUAGCAAGAGGGGUUUAGGCCUUGCUGGCCACCUCUGUGUGGCUGCUCUCUCUCAUGCUCAAUCCAAUUCUCUUUCAGUCAUUCCCACCUGCUCUUAUGUCUCCGAUACUUUUCUUCCCCGAAACUCAUCAUGGGAUUCUGUUGUGUACAAAGAAGAGCUCAAGUCUUCUAUAUGAAGUUGAUGAAGCUCUUCAGCAGUUUCUUCAGUCAUACUGUUCUUGCUGUGAUGAUUGUUUCACCUUUCCAUUCCCACGACAGAACAAGUUCACUGCUUCAGUUCCAGUGAGCAGUUUUAGAUGUUAGUGCAGCAACUGAAUUAUGGAACUCUCUUUCUCUCUCUCUCUCUAAAAUGUUUAAUUUCUUCUUUUCUUUUUGAAAACUGUUUUAAAUUACAGAGAGUUGAGAUGUCUAAUCAGGUAAAGAGUAAAAUUGUGCAAAACAUCUUAAUCUCUCGAAUAAUCUGUGAAUGUUGUAUAACACCUGAGUUUUGCUGCUUGAUACAAGUUCAUAAGGUUAUUAAGAGUUGAAACUCGAAAGAGAACUUUUGAAC